AUGGAUUUCAAAGAUUUGGCAGCAUUUAAUGUUGCUAUGCUUGGAAAACAAGGUUGGAAGCUAGAGAUUGUUUCCCAACAAGGGGCAGCUGUCGAUGUUUGGAAUGCGGCUAAUGUUUGGCACCUGAUAUCUCCAUCUUUGGUCCUGUUUGAUAAUGCAUCAGAUAUUAUAUUCCAUUUGUUGAGAAUAUUGUCUACAACCCAAAUAGAGAAUAUUGUCACUAUUAUUUGGAGUAUCUGGAAAGCUAGAAACCUUAAGUUGUGGCAACAAGUGACAGAUUCAACCACAACAAUCAUGGUAAGAGCUAUCCAUCUUUUAGAAGGUUGGAGAAGUGCUAAUCGUAAGCAAAAUCCGUCUAAUCAUAGUCACAUUGAUACCACUCUUCCUCGCAAUCACACUAACCAGGUAGUAGAUGGAGAUUCAAACAUCAGAUGGAGGAAACCUAGAAGUGGCAGACUCAAGUGUAACAUUGAUGCCUCUUUUUCAGACGUCAACAACAAGAUUGGUUUGGGCAUGUGUAUUAGAGAUUCAAAAGGAUUCCAUGUCCGAUCAAAAAUCAUGUGUUUCUCUCCGCUGGGACUGUAUCAUGCAAUUCGGUGGAUCCAUGAACUUCAACUCGAAAAUGUUGAUUUUGAAGUUGACUCGAAACGAGUAGCGGAUUAUUUCAACAAAGGCAGUGGAGAUGUCACCGAAUUUGGUUCCAUAAUGGACAGUAGCAUCCAUUUCUGUCGGUCAUUUUUAACAAACUCUCAUGUCGAGUUUACUAGGAGGCAAGCGAAUGAGGUUGCACAUACUCUAGCUAAGGCAGCCACAUCUAGUUCUAGCUUCCGUAUCUUUGAUGAAAUCCCAACAUGUAUUACUGAUUUAAUCUUUAAUGAAAUGAUUUAA